AUGGCAGACUUCUACAUACGAUCAGCUGUCUCACUCGAUCGAGUACUCAAAGAUGAAUGUUCGGUCAAAGCUGCUGCUGCGUCUCAUCCCGAUUCGGGACGAGUUCUAGCCAUCCUUGUUAACUCGCUUGCCUAUCGAAGUGCACUAAUGUUGGCCUUGGAGGAAGCUAGGAUUUUGAAGAAUGAAGAAAAGGUUUUCACGCUACACUCCCCUCCCAACACAAAGCAGUCCGGAAAGGGAAAGGGAAAGGAGUACGGCAACAACGCUGCCCACACCAAAGGCAAACCCUUCAAAAACGGAAAACAGAGAGAGUGGCCAUCGAAAGAAGCUUUCCUUCUAGUCCUAUGCCAUGAUCUGCUCUUCCAAUCGCGUGGAAUCCAAGCUUCGAAAACAUGGCCUCCCAAGAUGACACUUGAAAGAUAUAAAGCCUGCCUGCACUCGUGUUUGGUGAAAGUUCAAAUCCGUUCUGGCAAGUCUCGGAUAACAGACCUACGUAGUGGUGCACUAUUUCAAGAAAUGUCUGCUCGUAUACCUCGUUGGAUGCGUAUCAACACUUUACGCUCCUCUGCCACCCAAAUUCACCACUGGUUAGCAGAGAAUAGAUAUAUCAAAGUCGACGGACCAGAACUAGGUGGGAUAAGGGAAUAUAUGGAAUCACCACAUGUACCUUCAUUACUCGCCUUCCAUCCAAAAGCUACAAGUGCCUUACUAGGAAGUGAGGUAUAUAAGAAGAGUUGGGUUAUAAUGCAAGAUCUAGCCUCUUGUUUCCCGGCCUAUAUUUUACUAGCGGAGGAACAAGGUGUGGUGGACGUUGUAGAUGCUACUAGUGCACCUGGGAAUAAGACUUGUCAUCUUUCAGCUAUCAUGCUUGCCAAAGGAGGAAAUCAGGGCAGGGUUUAUGCGUUUGAGAGGGAUAGGAUUCGGUAUAAAACUUUGCUAAAACGACUUUCUGCUCUCGGCGCUCUAGCUGAAGUAGAGAAGAAUAACGGACAGGUGCAAAAGGGGAAUGUUGUAGCGCAUAGAAAAGACUUUCUCACAACAAAACCGGACGAGUUCAGUCGAGUAACGCAUAUGCUUGUCGAUCCCAGUUGUAGCGGAAGUGGAAUUGUUAACCGGUUAGAUUUUUUGAAAGAGGAUGAGGAUUCCGAGGACCCACUACCCCCCUCUCCCUCCUCUUCCACCACUACCACCAGCAGUGCCGUAGUGGGAGAAACAGGAACAACCAAGCUGCAACGUCGGCUGACUUCGCUCUCGGAUUUCCAACUUGUUAUGCUCCGACAUGCAUUCAAAUUCCCCUCGCUCAUCAAACUGGUCUAUUCAACCUGCUCUAUCCAUGCCCAGGAGAAUGAAUCGGUCGUACUACGCGCGCUGGACACCGAAGAAGCAAAACGUCACGGCUGGAAACUGGCUCCCAGAAUGCAUGUCAUUCCCAAUUGGCAAGUGAGAGGCGAUCCGGAAGCCUGUAAGAAAGCGGGGGAAAGAGGGGACGAGGUGAGGGAAUGCCUGAUUAGAUGUGUACCCGGUGGAGUUGCAGGGCAGGUGGAGGGGGUGAGACCGAGGGUUGAUUGUUGUAAUGGCUUUUUUGUUGCUUGUUUCAUCCGCGACAGGACGAAUGGGGAGGCCGAGGUUGCGGUGAGGGAGGGGGAUCACAAACAGGGGACUGAGGGAAGGGGGAAUGGGAAACGAAAGAGGCAGGGUGAGGAGGUCGUAGAUGAGAGAGAGGACAACAACGACGACGAGCAAGAAGAAGAAAAAGAUACGAAAGGAGAGGCGAAGAAAGGAGGCGGGAGUAACACGGCAGCGAAUAGGAAGAAAAAGCUUCAGAAGAAGCGCAAGAAGCAGCGCUUGCAACAGGAGCAACACCAGUGA